UGUUGACAUUUCGACCGUUGCUGGUCAGUCUUUGAGACAAGUCCGUCCAAGUCCAAGUAGGAAUUUGUUCUAAGCACGGUAGACGAGAUAUUAUCGGUUUGAUUUGAUCAGAUUCAAAAGAAAUGAAGAGAGUUCUUUCGCUCGGAAGGCUUGUCGUCGCCCAGGGUAAGAAUUCUCUUACCGGGGCACGCAAAGUCAUGGACGAUUUCGUGGGAAUAAAGGAAAUGCACGCUGCGCAGCAGAAGGUGAAGGGACUGCAGAAAAAAAAUAGUGUUGGAAAAACAAAACGGUCCGAGUUUGAGCUGGAAUUGGCGGAUAUAACAAAACGACUAUCUGUGUUGAGCACAGAAAGAACGCGCCUCACGGGAAUGUUGGACGCCAAAUACUUCCAACUGCAGAUGCUACAACAUGAACUAACCCUGGCGAUGGUCUUGGAGAAAAAAAAGCAACAUCAGCUGAGAGAAAACCGAAAUCGACUGGCGAAAAUGAUGCUGACCGUGAUGUUGUAUUUGUUUUUGUAACUGCACAUUCAGUAGGGUAUGAAUUUUGUGAUAGUGAAGUGUAUUCAAGAAUCAAAAUGGAAAUAAAUACUCUUUGUAAUGAUA